ACUGCCCCCCAGCUCUACUUAACAACAGGUGGCAGCACUGAGCUGCCGGCCGGCGCACAGCUGUUUAUCUGUACUUUUACUUAUUGUUGUUGUUUUUGUUGCUAUUAGCAUUUGCGCUGUUUCAAGUUGCAACAACAAAUAAAUUUGGCACCGCAUCCAAGGCAAAAGUAAACGGAAUUGCAGUUUGAACUCAUUUGCUGUAUAUAGCUAUAGCUAUAACUGUGUCUACAGAAAAUUCAAGAGAGAGCGUCCGGUCAGCAUGAGCAGUCGCCAGCGCACAGUUAUUAUUUUCAAAUCGGAAUCGGAAAGCACAGAUGUUUACGCCGAGACACUGCUGGGACACAAUUUUCAGCCGCUGUUCGUGCCGACGCUGAGCUUUGGCUUCAAGAACCUUGACCAGUUGCAUGCCAAGCUGCAGACGCCGGAUAAAUAUGCCGGCAUCAUAUUCACCAGUCCGCGUUGCGUGGAGGCUGUCGCCGAGGCUCUGCAGCUGGCGGAGCUACCGGGCGGUUGGAAACUGUUGCAUAACUAUGCCGUAGGCGAGGUUACGCACAAUCUGGCGUUGAGCACAUUGCAGCAGCUCUUCACCCACGGCAAGCAGACGGGCAAUGCACGUAAUCUGGGAGAUUUCAUUGUGGACACCUUUGAUGGAUCGCGCAAUUUGCCGUUGCUGCUGCCUUGCGGCAAUUUGGCAACGGACACGCUGCUCUCCAAGCUGGCGGAGAAUGGCUUCUGUGUGGACGCCUGUGAAGUGUAUGAGACCAAGUGCAAUCCGCAGCUGGCCGAGUGCAUGGAGCGUGCUCUGAAGGAGGAGAAUAUUGAGUUCAUGGCAUUCUUCUCGCCGUCUGGCGUCAACUGUGCCCAUGAGUACUUCAAGGCGCACAACAUAGCGACGGAUCAGUGGAAGCUGGUGGCCAUUGGUCCCAGCACGCGGCGUGCUUUGGAAAAUCUGGGCAUGAAAGUCUUCUGUACGGCGGAGCGUCCCACGGUGGAGCAUUUGGUGAAGGUGCUGCUCAAUCCGCAGGAUAGUCGAGAGCGUUUGCUGCGGGAGCGCGCUGCUGCCGCUGCCGCUGACAUGGCCUAGUUACAAUACAGUGUACAGUUAAGCGA